AGAAACACUCCAUUAUGAAAUAAUCUACGCACAUUAUAACAGAGGAAGCUGAAUGGUACAUGUUUGCAUAUCUUUUAAGAUUACUUUUGGAGUUGAAUGGAAAUUUGAAAUGUAUCAACUGCCAAAUAAUGGAAUUCACGUAAAGCUAUUCAUUUAACUUUAAUUAUAGAGGAACUUAAAAGGAAUAAACAAUACAAGACGUCGUACCUGCAGUGUAUUCUAUGCCUUACUAAUGCAAAACAUUCUAUGACUUCGUUUUAGCUUGAAUAUUUUAAUAAAUUGACUUGUUAUUAAAUUUAAAGGUAAGACCAUUGUACUCAAUCAACUUCUAUGGAUUUUUGUGAUCUUAUAAUUUUUAAGGAAGGUAUGAUAUGGCUGUUAGCUUGCUUAAAAAUUUUAAUAUUGUACAAAUCAAUAAGAGAAUACAGAUAAUGUUCUUCGCCUUAAGUUUAAUAUUAGGUCAAUUUAUUCUAAUGUUAAAUCUAAGAACACAUAAUUGGAACCGCUGAACUCAAAUUUGUUCCGCUAUCCGUAUUUUUAAUUUGCAGAAAGCAAAAGAAAUAUAGUUUAUGGAAUGGAGUCUAAUAAUAACUAUAAAUAUGGUAUUAAAUCCACUUUUUCUCAAUGUUUAGCGUUAGUUGGAGCUGGAUUCUUACAAGUCGGAGUCGGAACACAACUGAUUUGUUCGACAGUAAUCAUAGGAGCAUUAUCGGACAAUUCAAAUGAAAAUGAAUGGCUAACCAUGACUAUUGAGCAGAUGUCUUGGUUCGGAAGUCUGCUAUAUCUGUGCACACCUCUGGGCAGCAUAAUCUCAUCGCUGGUGCUGAAUCGACUCGGUCACAAAAACUGCAUGAUUAUCACCAAUAUACCGUUCUUGGUAUCUCAGAUCAUGUUUUUCUACGCAGAAAAUGUAGAGACCAUGUACGCGUGCUCGAUAAUAAUGGGUUUGGGCGUAGGAUUCUCAGGCGGCCCGUUUUCCGCAUACAUAGGCGAAGUGUGCGAACCAAAGCUCAGGGGUGCCCUGAUGUCGGCGACGAACGUGUUCUUCUUCGGCGGUUCGCUGCUGUUCACCACCAUUUACGCGAUCACCAGACAGUGGAGAUUGACCGUACUCGCUAACAUGGCGAUACCGAUCAUAACUAUUGUGAUUUUAUGCAUGAGUCCAGAUUCUCCGUUGUGGUUACUGUCCAAGGGCAAGAACGAAAAAGCGCAACGAACGCUUGGCAAGUUACGGGGAUGGGUGACACACGAUAAGUGUUCAAACGAAUUUCAUGAAAUGGUAGUGUUCAUGUCUGCGAAUAAAAACUCGACAAAUGACAAAAACGGCAGUAAAAAUGAUUCGGAAUGUUCUUGGAAACAACUGUUUAAGCCCGACGUACUUAAACCUUUUCGACUACUGCUCAUAUAUUUCUUUUUUUCAAAUUUAUUAUCUGGAGUACCGUUCGGGCCGUAUCUGGUAGUAGUUUUAUUAACUUUUGGCGCCGACGUUGACGUUCAAUGGACCGUAGCUUUUUCGUUGGGCAUAGCUAUAGUUGGAGGCAUAUUAACCGUUUUCUUGGUGAACAGACUUGGAAAACGAUUUCUCACUUUAACGACGUUGUCAAUUUGUUCUAUUUGUUAUAUAUCAAUCGGAUUGAUUGGUGUCUAUUGGACGGAUACAAAUCAAAUAAAAUCUUGGUUAUUACUAAUAUCCUUCUUUAUUAGUACGUUCGUGGCAUCAUUCGGUAUAAUGCCAAUCGGAUGGAUACUUCUUACUGAAAUAUUCCCCAUGAAGAGUAGAAACAUAACCUGUAGUAUUUGUUCGACGCUGUCUUUCGUUCUCACUUUUUUCAUGACCAAGUAUUACCCAAAUGUCGUUGAUUUAGUGGAUUUCUACAAUACAUUUACUAUAUUCGGAUUUGGAGGUUUGAUCGGUUGUGUUUAUUUCUAUUUUUGUCUACCUGAAACUGAAAACAAAACAUUGCAAGAAAUAUCAGAGUGCUUCAAAUAAAUUUAAAAAAAUAUAAUUUUGAGUAAAAAUUAUUGAAGAAUACGACCGUAAUAAUAUAUUGUGAAGUAAAUAUUGAAAUGUAGGUUGCAAACCUAAUAUUUUUUUAUUAGAUGUAUGUAAAUAAUACAAACAUAAAUUAACCAUCUAAGAAUAACAUCAUAUUAUUCCUAGUGAACUAAUCACCAAUAUGUGAUGGUGUAUUGGCGCUUAACACAUGUAGUUACUCAAUAUUUUUAUAAUUGUUCUAACUAUUAGAUAUUAAUAUAAUUAGUACUAUUACAUUUUUCUAAUAAUUCUAAUUUUAUAAUUGUUCCUUGAUAUUAUCAUAUUAUGUUAUAUUUUAUUUCCUAUAUAUUAUUUUAUAAUUGAAAUAUUCAAUGACAAAAAUUUAAAAAUAUUUUAUCUUAUUAAUAAUUGAAAUACCUCGGACUUAUAAAUGUUAUAAUUAUCGGAGUUUUAACUUUUCUCGAUUUAUUCUGGAUAUAUUUUAAAAAAUGUUGUAUAAUUUAAUUAUUAUAUUAUACUAUAGAUUUUUAUCUAUGUUUAAAAUAUUUGUUUAAAUUACAAUCAAUAAAAUAACUGUAUAGCUUAUACUUAACAAGACAUAGAUAGUACAAAAUAGUUAUUAUACUUAUUAUUAAUAAAUAUUAAAUUUGUAGUCACAAUUUUAUUUUAUUUUAAUUGGUCUACAAUUAUUGUAUGUUCAUGUUUUUUUAUUUAUUAUUAAUGUUAUUAUUAUUAUCAUUGUAAUAUUAUGUAAUUGAAAAGUGUAUAAUAAUUUGUUUUUUUUGUCGUAUAGGGUAGUGAAUGUUGUACUUUUAGUAUAGUAAUAAUUAGCGAAGUUUAAAAAAACGUAUACUUAACAUGCAUUAUUAUUUAAAAAAUUGUAUAAAAAUAUGAAAUAUGUUUAAUACGUUGUACAUAUACUAAGUAGAUAGGUACCUAACCAAUCUAUUAAAUAUUUUAAUGUCUGAUAAAAUACGUAUAAUGAAAUUUUAUUUAAUAUAGUUAAUUUGAAAAUUACAA